AUGCCUAUCGCCGCCACCACCGAGCGUUCCAAUCGAACCAAGCCCGAGGCCACCGGUCUGGAUGCCUGGGUUGUUGUUGUCAUAGUAAUCGGCGUAAUUGUGAGUCUCUUCAUUGAUAUUUUAUAUUUUCAUCACUUUGUUUCGUUGCGCAACAAACUCUCGUUUUACGAUUUUAUUUCUGGAGGUUUACGUAAUACUGAGUAAACAAGGGAGCGUGAUCGGGGUUAAGAACAGCCAAUUUCGGCUCGGUGACCUAUUUCUAUGUACAAUGUUUCUUUCAAUAAAAUGCGGCUAAUUACAGGUACUACUGGUUAUUUUGGGAGGUUUGGCAUUUCUCGGGAUUCAUAGAAUUCGAGAACGAAGGAGGAAUCAUGGAGAAUACCGGCCUCAGCUCGAGGAAAACAACGCCAGAGAUCUGCCAGUCAUACCUCCACCCAGUAUAGAAGGACUCAUUUAG